AUGUGCGUGCCAGAGGGAGCGUGCAAGCUGCACAAUCCAAAGGCACCUGUUGGAGAUCCCGGCAUCGGCUCCUGCCGAGGGGCGGUGGUGGACGGGUGCCAGGUGCCCAGCGAAGAUGGCACAGACUCGUGCGAGGAGUGUGACGGCUUCUUCUACCUCACGAAAGAUCGGAAGUGUGCUCGUAAAUAUGCCUGGGCGCUCUACGUCAUUGCAGCGGUGCUGGUGGUGGUGAUUCUGCUGGCUCUGGCGAUCUUGGUCGAUCUCCUGAUGCGGCCUGUGACGAAUGAAGCCGGGCUUGAGGACGCCCUUGCUUACCGCUCGCGGCAGAAGAUCAGGAUGCCGAACGUUGAUGGAAGCGGGCGCCACCUGUACCCUUUGUCGACAAAUCUUUGUACGGGUAUCGUUGGUGGUCCGGGCCUGGCGCUGCACUUCCGCUUCCAGGCAGUCAUCGUCAUCUGGGCCGCCGUCAUUGCCUCCAGCUGGAUGCUUUUGGCGCUGCUUGUGGACUAUGACCUGCUAGUUCUCGGCACGAAGGAGUUCGGGACCGCUUUUCGCAACUGCGUUCUGGUGGCAUGGGGUCGUGCGACACAGCGGAGGCUCAUGUGGCUGAAGACGUGGUUUCUGAGCUUUGUCUACAUCUUUUCAUUUCUAGGAAGUGUCUUUUUCGGCACUCGCCAAUUGUACUUCUGGGAGCGCCUCGAUGACAACAACGACACCAUGAAAGACUAUGCACUGCGAUUGUCUGGCCUACCGUGGCUGGACGGAACUGUGCGCAUGGAGGAGGAACUCAAGGAGAGGUUGCAGCUCGCGACUGGCCACGCAGUGGUUGGAGUCUCUGUCUGCUGGGACUACCAUGAACAUCAGGAAGCUGUUCGUGCCCAGCUCGAGAAAGGAGAGGAUGUACGUCAACAAGGCGUCGUCACUCACGGAAACUCUGCGAUGGACAUGGGCCCAUUCAGAAAUACUCUGUUCCAUGUCGAGCAGAUGAUUCUCACAGAGGAUCAAGAGCAGCUUUUGUCAGAAGACGAGUUUCGAGAUCUUCUGAUGUCGAUGAGGUGCUGCUCGACAGCCUUCGCUGUCUUCGAGACAGAGCGGGCGAGGGAUGAGGCUGCCCUUAUGCUGUCCUCCGGCCUGGCUUUUCGUGGCACCUGCCUCGAAGCCAGCCCUGCUGUGCGGGAGCCUCACGGCGUGAAUUGGAGGAACAUGCGGACAACUGGCCUUGCUGGCAAGCUGGAGAGGCUGGGAAGAGGCUUCCUCCUGAUCCUCGUGGGCGUCGCUCUGUACCUCGGAAUUUUCUAUGCACCCUAUGCUUGGUCCAUCUUGAAGUUUAACUACGAGGGUGGUCAGCAGCCUGGUAUAGUGUACACCAUCGCCUUCUCUCUGAUUGUUUGUGUGGGCAACCUAAUGAUGGCAGAGAUGUGCAGCCGUGUGGCAGACACCAUUGGCUUCGAAUACAAGGAGACCAGAGAAAAUUGCUACAUGGUCCUCUACUUGCUGGCCAUUGUGAUCAAUGUUGGUCUUGACAUAUGGACCACUUACUACAUGGCAUCUCAGAUCAUGAUCGGUUUGCACUUCCGAACCGAAGACGGACGUCUACUGGCAGAUGUGCACAACUUCUUAGAGCGUUUCGAGAGCUACGCCCUGCAGCGGUCAAUGGGCCAGCAGCUCUACGAAUAUGCGUUUCCCUGCACUUUUCUGGUUCCCUUCCUUGCUGAGCCUCUGGCAGUGAUCUUUGCAUUUUCGCGGAUCUUCAUGCUUUUGAUCCGCAGCCACCCGGAGGUAAAGCCUUGGGUGAGCCGCAGCUGGUUGGCGGCCCUUGACCUGGAGCUGGGUCGCUACGCAGACUGCUUGGUGAACGUCUUUCUGGCCGUCCUGGUGUUUUUCUUUCCCGGUGGCUACACCCACUGGGUAUUUGCAUUGCUGGCCAUGUGCCAUGCUUACAUCUAUGUCUACGACCAUUAUAGAGUCCUUCGUGUGGUGCCUCGCGUUGUGAUCCACUCGAUGAGUGUGGACUUCUGCGCGCAGGUUCUUCUGGCACCGGCAUGUGGGAUUUUGCUGGUUUGUCUGAUCUUCAAAGGCAACUGCAGCCAGGACGCUUUGUAUUGCCUGGAGGCCGAGCCGCUCCUCUGGCUCUGCCUAGCAGCCUUCCUCCUGCACUGCGCCGUCCAUGCUCUGAUCAUCUGCUUCGUGGUGCCGUACUGGCUCGGAAGGACUCGCAAAGAGAAGGUUUAUCGGAAAGACGCCAAGUCGUUCAAGGAUGUGGCGGCGGAAGAGCCUUGCAGCUGGUUCACGGCAAACCCAAUUCACUGCUUGCGGUCCAGUUUCGUCUACCACCACUCCCCUCCGUGCAGCUUCUACACCCCCGGGAUGGAGCACACUAUGCAGGUGAACGAGAGCAUCGGUUGCCACUUUACGGAGGUUGACGAGACGGUGGAAGACGUGCACAGCUACUUGCAGUUGCCACGCUUGCCAACUCUACGUGAUUUGAAGCAUCCUGGAAUGAUGCUUGAGCGCAGGCAUAUCCUGGACAACGAAGAGGAUGAUAGCGGCAAGGGGGACACAGGCCGCACAGCACACAAGGGCUGUGGCAGGUUUGAUUUGCCAUGCACCCGGCCGAUGAAUCAGAUUCGUGGCUUCGAGAGCGAGACCAAGGAGACGCAGCGAGCUGCGCGCACACGUGAUGCACUUCGUCAGCUGGGUGCCAAGAAGGAUCUCUUGAACUUGGAUUCCUAUUUGCUCGACAGGCCAGAAGCAGUGAACAUGCCGGUCCUGUUCGACCAGGGCUCCCUCCUGCACGUUGCGGCCAUGCGUGGCCACCAGGAUAUGGUCCAGAUGUUGAUCCAUCAGCGGGGCGCAGACGUUGAAAGAACGAACUACUCCCAGCAGACCUCGCUGCACGCUGCCUGUGAUGGCAACCACGCCAACAUUGUGGUGGAUCUUCUUGCAGCCGGAGCUGAUGCAGACAAGCGCGAUGCACUGCGGCAGACGCCGCUGCACCGCGCAGCCCAUGUCGGUGCCGUGGACUGUCUCCUGGCGCUUCUGGAAUAUGGGGCCAACGCAAAGCUCAGAGACGAUGGGGGGCUGCUCCCAGUUCACACCGCGGCCUUCCGCGGCCGAGACGAAGUUUUGCGGAUGCUCAUCUCCCAGGAUCCAACUUCUGCCAAUGCCGUAGCUGCGGAUGGAUGGACCCCCCUGCAUUUUGCCAGUCACUGUGGCCAUGUCGCCGCCACAGAGGCACUCCUGGAGUGCGGAGCUUAUGCCCAUUCUGUCGACAAGGAGAAGCGGACGGCUCUGCACUGCGCGGCCGCUUCCGGCUCUGAGGCCACCUGCCAGGCCUUGCUGCGCGCAGGCGCAGACCUCGAGUGCAUGGACCAGCUGAAGAAGUUGCCCGUCCACGUUGCCUGCGAGGAAGGCUGCAUCCAAGUCGUCCGCUUUCUCCUUGAUGCUGGCAGCCCGUUCGACACGUUGGAUGGCCAGCGAAGGACGCCGCUUUUGAUCGCCACGCGGGCUGGCAACCUGGAGCUUUGCGAGGUCCUCCUGAGUGCGGGUGCCGACCCCAACACCGGCGACAUGGCGAGGGGAAUCCCCAGUGCCCUGGCGCUGGCCCGGAGAGGUACGAACCCAGCCCUGCGCGGCCUCAUUGAGGAGCACACCACGGCUGCCUUGAUUCGAGUCUGUGACAUCGGUGCUUGGGACGGGGAGUAUGCUCGUGCUGCUGCUGCUGCAUCGGCCGCCAUGCCUUUGGCUGACGCUGACAAGUCACCGCCGGCGGGCAACGAGUCCAAGUCGACUCUGCCCGAGGUGCCGCUACACGUGGUGAUCCACCUGACUGAGGCGAAGACCUUCACGUGUUCCGUGCCCCUCUUGUCGCCAAGCGGAAAUGGAGGAGCCACGUUCCCAGAAGAAAUGCCCUUGGCGGGGUGGAAGCUCGACAGGAAGAACAUCCGCGCGGGCAGCUUCAAGUGGCAUGCGGACGAGUACUAUGCACGAGGGGACAACAAGCCAAAGCACAUGUACUCGCCGGACUGGCUCGACGUGGAGAUGAAGACUCAUCAUGAGAAAGCCCGUGGAGGGACGGGCACAAUCAAGAUCAAUCCUCUUGAAGGUCCAUCAUCUCCCAAGCCGAGCUACGGAUUCUUCGAGCCCGAUGCGUCCCUGCGGCCCAAGUCUCCGAUCGCCAUGGAUUUGGGAUGGCAAACACUGUCUGGGACGCAGCCCUUGGCCAACACAUUGAACAAGAGGAGGCCCGCGUCCGCAAUGACGCUGACAUCGCCUGGCCAGGAAUUGGGUGCGACCUCCCCAACUGCCAGCCCGAAGGGGCACCUGGUGAGCGCCCUGCUCUCUCCAUCACGGGCAAACGGAAGAGCCAUGACCGCCAUUCCAGGGCCACGAGGCAUGGCGCGCAAUGCGAGCAGUCCGGCAGAGACCUUCGGUCUCAGCUCACCCAACCGUUUGACGCUGCCCUCGCCGCACUCGCCAAUGGGACGUUCGGAGCAGGACUUCGACCGCCUCUGUGGCGUGGGACGCUCUCCUUCCCAGCCGCUGCAUGAGACCGCCUACUGUCAACCCUCUCGGCUGCGCAAGGCCUGCAUUGGGGCUGUCUGCUACAAGGUUUACAGUAAGGCAUCGCCCAGGGUAUUGCCACACGCUACCUGUAGCUUAGGCAUGGCCGCGGCAGGCGUUCAGCUACCACAGACUUUGCAGGGCGAGGAGCAGGUGCAGCGCCUGGACACGGAGAUCGGCCGCCUCAGCCAGGAGUGGCGGCAGAAGCGCGACUCCUUCCGCGCUCGCACCUCCAUGGUUUCGCCGGAUGAGCAGUUGGUAGCUGCCGCUGCAAAUGGGCGAAUCCAGGAGUGCCGCCAGCUACUCCAGCGUGGUGCAGCUGGCCCGGAAGCGACGUCAAAGGUGGGCCAGUCAGCGCUGAUGGCGGCAGCGCGCGCUGGAAGUGCAGAGGCCGUCUCGCUCUUGCUGGCCGCCCGUGCAGAUCCCAGUUCCGCACGCGGCGAGCGCCGAACCACGGCGCUGCAUUCAGCCACGGAGCUCGGCCAUGGCAAGAUCUGCCUGGCUCUCCUUUCUGCCCGGGCGGACCCGGAAAAGGCAGAUGCCCGCGGAACGACACCAGCUUCGAUGGCUUCCGACAAGGAGGCCCUGUGGCCACUGUUUGCAGCAGCCGGCUGCGAACGGGCGCCGCCUCAGUCGUCGCUGAGUUCAACAACUUCUCCGGAGCCGUGGCGGGGGAUGAAGUGGAUUGCUCGGCACAUCGAGGUAGUACGUCAUGCAGAUACAUUUGUUUCGCUUCGAAGUCGUGAUGUCAAAGCCUCCAAGCUUCUCUCAUACACUCCAGCUGCUACUGGAGCUACGCUGGCUUGA